AACGGUUGCGGCAAAUCUAAUGUCUUAAACGCCAUUCAAUUCGUGUUAAGCGAUGAAUACAAUGGUCUGAAUGCCAACCAAAGACAGCAACUGCUGAACGAGAGCUCAACGCAAAGGCUUCUCAUGGCGUUCGUCGAGAUAGUGGUCGACAACAGCGACCGACGUAUUCCUCUGGACGUCAAUGACAUCACAUUCCGGCGACAGAUAGGCCUCAAGAAGGACCAGUACUUCAUGAACAACAAGAUUAUCAGUCACUCGGAUAUCGUCAAUAUGCUGGAGACGGCGGGUUUCAGUCGAUCCAACCCUUACUAUAUCAUCAAACAAGGCAAAGUGACGGAAAUGGCGACCGCUUCGGACGAAUGCCGGCUGCAAGUGAUGCGAGAAGUGGCCGGAACUCGCAUUUACGACGACCGCAAGUCUGAGGCCAUGACACUGUUGGCAGAGGCGACACAACGCGUGGAACAGAUGGACGACUGUCUCCACUCAUUGGACGACAGACUGGAUUCGCUGCAGAACGAGAGCAACGAUUUGCAGAGAUUUCUCAAAUGGGAUAAAAGGCGUCGUCUUCUGGAGUACAUAAUCGCCAAUAAAGAGGCCGAAAGUUAUAAACACGAUAUGUUGAGACUGGAGGCCAAACAGGACAGAGAGAACCUGGUGUUGGACGACAAGCGCAAGAAGUUAGAGGACUUCCAGCUCAAGACCAAGACGUGCGACAAGACCUUGAAAGUUAUCAAUGGUUUGCUGCAGGAGUACCGCAAAGACUUGAGUGCUAUCAGCAGGAAUAUCGAUGAACUCAAUGAACAAAAGGCGAGAAUUGAGUCGAAAAUCAAUGAUUUCAAAGAGAAAUUGGAUUUCAAUCGAGAGAACGAAUCGAAAGCUAAUGAAGAGCUGAAAGAAGUGAAGGAAUCGAUUGACACGAAGAAGAAACGA